CGUGAUUGGAUGUUCUGCCUCGCUCCUGGCCAAUCGGCUGCCUUCUCUCCGGCGGCCUCGCUGGAGCUGGGUGAGGGGAGGCUUCAUUCAACGCCAGCCUUCGAAGAGGAAGGAAACAAGUUCAGGUACCGCAGCCUCCAUUUGCGGCAUGGCUAGUUCGGGGCGAAGACAAAGGGCGGCCAAGCCGCCGCGCAAGCAUCCGCGGAGCAUCGUGGCGUGGCAGAACAAGGCCGAAUGGGACCAAGUGAUGGUGGGGCUUUAUUGCGGGGAUUGCAAGACGCAACAGGAUGCGCUGGACCGGGUGUCCGUUUGGAAGAGCAGGUAUGGGCACAGGAUGCCUUUAGCUGUGGAGUCCACUGCAGAUCUAGUCCGUUGCAAACUCCUAGACGCCUCUGGCGAUUUAAAAUCCCACGAACUUGUCCUCACGUACGGUCUUGCUCUUGUCAGGUUUCUGAAUCUCAUCACAGAGCGGAGGCAGAAAAAAUACACCAUUUCUCUGAGAUGGCUGGCUAAAGAGCUGGACAUCCCGGUCUGGAUUGUAGACCUUCGUCACGAACUGACCCACGGCAAACUUCCUCCUCUGGCUACUUGCCGCAAAGGCUGUGAUGUAGUCCUGGAAUGGCUGCGACGGACAUACUGGAGCCGCCAGUUGGGCAGCAACAUAGUUGGGGGAAGUGAGGAAGAGGAAGAUGGAGAAGAGGCGUCAGCAACAGAGAGUGGGACAGACAGCAGCAAAGAGGAACCUGAGAAGUGGCAGUCGCUGGCAUCGCAGAAACACCAAGAGGUCCAUGAGAAAGUCACAGAUGUUUUGACUUCCUACAAAACCCAACAAUUUAAGGUCCUUCAGGAGUUGCAGAGCAUUGAGCAGGUCUGCGAAGUGUGGUGCAGCUCUUCCUCGGAGGUGGAGUGGGUUGUAGCCCAAAUCAAGGACUUGAUGCAAGAGAACAGGGAAGCGGUGGCCACAGCUUUGCUCGACGAUGGCUUUCUCAUCCCAGCCCCAGAAGACAUGCAGAUCUUGAACAUCAACGCUCAAGAAACCAAAGAGUGGGAUUUCCAAAUCCCUCAGACCUUUCUCCACUUCUGGCAACCGCUGCUGAAGGGCCUUCACUCCAAAGAUUUCACGCAGACUCUGCUGGAGACCAUGUUUGCUGAGCUGAAGGAACACGCCCGGGAUCUGACGCUCCGGCCACAGUUCCUCAUCAACUGGAUUACAAAAAUCCUGAAAGCCGUCAUACAGUCCAAGAAGAGAAGACGCAGAGGCUCUUCAGCACCGUUUCUCUGGCCUGUUUCGUUGCAGUGGCUGAAGCUCCUUGAAGAUUGCCUUGAAGCACCUUGCUGGGCUAGUCCUCACCUCCUCCAUCUGAUUCUGUCAAGCAUGGAGCCCCCUUUACCGGCUGAAUCUCAAGAGAAACUCCUCUAUCUCACCUCCAUCUACACCCAAGAAGACGCCUCCCAUCCCAGCCCAGCUUCGGUUGUGGAACUCCGGAGGCAGCCCGUUUACACGGUGGAGAAUUUGCAGUGCAAACUGAAGCACAGCCGACUGUCCCGAGGACUUGGCAGAAGAUUAGGGAGACAAGAGCUGGGGCUGGGAGGUGUUGAAGAGGAAGAGAUGGAGGAAGAGGAGGAGGAGGAACAAGGAGAUGGAGAAGAUGACGACAGUGAUGAGGAAGAGAAGAUGGAAACCCAGUCACCACUUCUGGAGGAGCCAUUCCUCCCUGAGAAUGCAGCAGCCUUAGCUGAGAAGAGGAUGGCACUGCAGGGGUCUGUCUGGCAGGUCAGCACAGAUGAGGUGAAGUGGAGAAAUUUCCCUCUGGGGCGGCUGCCUGGCCAGAAUGAUGAUCCUGAUGCCCUCUUAGUGGACAACUACACCGUGAUAACAGCGCUUGACCAGAUGGUGAACAGGGACAAGAAAACCUCACCUGGCAUGGCCGCUUCAGAAUGGGGUGGCUCCGUUGCAGAAGGACUGUUUUGGACCCAGAGUGAGCUCCACAAGUUGAAAAGCGGUCUUCAGCUCUUCUAAGAAGUGAGGCCUUGUAUUGGUGGUGCACAGGAGUAUACGGAAGAGAUUCCCUUCUGCAAGGGGAGGAAAGAUACUUUCGACUUUAAAAAAGUAUUUCAAAACAGUUCAUACUGAAAUGUUAUUUUUCUGUAAAUGUAAGUGAGCAGCUGUGCUAGUGCUUCAGAUGUGUAACAGCUACCUAGUGUUAAAAAUUGUUUAGUAUUUUAAUAAAACAUUAUUCAGUAUU